AUGGCUUUCAGGCCAAAGACCAACAGUGGAAAGGGUUCUCGACCUGUGUCCCGCCAAACGCACUCUGACAACACACCUCCACAGACCCCAAACCAAGUUCAUCGAGUGCCCUCUACCGUUCGUUCACGGUUCCGGACUUCAAGCAAAGAAUCAAGCGAAUCAGGUCGGUCUACACCCUUCUCGGGCAUUCUACGACGAUCCCAUCCUCGACCAACGCCCAUCGACGUCUCUCGACCGACUGAUGAGACUCCUUCUCCAACGGCUACCGUCGAAAGCGCGCCUCUGCCGCCUCUCCCAACCCCUCUGCUUGCGGGAUGCCCUGGUCGCGAGAUAUCUGGAGCAAAGUCUGACGGUCGCAUACUGACAUGCGACUUUGACGAGCCGCCUGUCUUGGAAUGCUCAGACGAUCUGUCAAGGACCAAGUUCCACGAGCACCCUCUGGUCCAGCAUAUUGAGCUGGAAAAGGGUUGGGAGAAACAUCAACUUGCUCUCUACGGCCUCAUCCUGCCCGCUAAAAUUGAUAACGGAGCCCCAACAUACACGUGGGACAGCGACCCGGAAGAUGAACAAGAGGCGGAUAAGAACAAGGCUUUCGGCAUCGCCAAGGACGCAAAGACGCCCUCAAAGCCUCACACACCAUCCGAGCGGCCGCGAACACCAUCCAACAUCCUCCACAAGGUCAAGUCCUUUGCCAACUAUGUUGCUGCCUCCGAGGUCGAGAAGGAAGUGCCUGAGCUCCCUACACUCAAGGAGUUGCUUGACCAGUUCGGUUUGCCACCUGCGACGCCGACAGAAUAUGCCCCCGGAGCACUCCUUCGUCCCACGAGAUCCAGCAGCUCUCUUCGUCCCAAGACACCUCUUCGAUCCGUCCCCAGCGCGACCAAGCUGCGAGCCAAGCGAAGCACGGGCAUCGAUAAGUCUCAAAUAUCUGACCCUGUUGUCCCUGAAGAGAUGAGACGUGUAGGCGCGGAUUUCAGCCAGGUCAUGAUCCAACGUGGGGGGGCAGCCAACGGCGAGAGAAGCUCACCCUACGGCGUGCCUGUGCGCAGCCCUUCGAACUUGAUCUCCUCAUCCAUGUCGUCGAACCUCCCCGUCUAUCUACUCCAGCCCCAGCAUCCCUCCGUCUACUCGGGCAGAAACGAAGCGCCUCCAAAAUUUCGGCUGGCUUCACCACGCUUGUCUCCCAUGGAAUAUGCUCGCCAGUAUCUCAUUGCCAAGGCAAGGGCAGACAAAGAGGGAGUAGAGUGCGCCAUGUCCAAGCCGGCUUUGGUCUGGACCUGGACAGCGGAAUACAAAGAGUUCCUCUUGCUUCCACACAUUCCCAAAGGUAUCCAGAGAGGCUUUUUGCCAGACAAUGGCAAGGACUGGAAGAAGUCCGACUUUUUAAAAUCGGCAUCAGCUGCCAAUGGAAGUAACUCAAAGACUUGCUUGCUUGCGCCUCUUCCCUUGAAACUCACUCCGUCGUCUCCCCUUUUGCCAGCUGGCUUCCUUCGCAACUCUCAUUCUCCUACGACCCCAACCCAUAGGCGCGGUUUGUCAAUUGACAGCUUCACCCUUGAUCAACCUGCAGCAACCGAGGCCCAUGACCUAUUGCAGUCAACCGAGACGCUGCUCGAAGACCCAGCGGCUUCUAUCCCCAGCCAGAACAACGGCCUCUUUGUCGCUGUUCACAUAGGCAGUGAGAUCGGAAGAGACGAGGACAACAUCUCUCCCUGCAACAGUGAAUGCAAUGACUUGCCUCCUGCGCCAGUCUCUCCCCUCACCAGCUCUCCUGCGUCAGCACAGACCCAAACCUUUGCACCUCCUCAUGUUACACAGAUGUCAGGCACUUACAAUACAUUGGACGAUGCUAAAACCCAACAGCUGACUGACAAGGCGACUUCGGAAACUCAUGACGGAGCUGACUUCUCAGACACCUCCUCAGUUUACUCACAAGACAGUGUCAUCACCGUUGUCCACCAUCCUGUGGCUGGGCAUUGCCAUACGCCCUUUGGCUUCAUGUUGCAGGCGUGCGCUGCCGAUGAGGAUGGACAAGAGGGCCUGGCCCCGCCUCAACAGGAGAACCUUUCUUCUGAUGUCCCUCUUUCAAAGGCGGAAACCUUGCGCCCUUCACCUGCUCUUCCACCGCUUGCAUACAUCCCCAACACCCUGUCUGCUUACAGUUACGCUUCAAGUGAGCAACUUCAUGACAAUGGCAACGGCCGCCAAUCUCAAGCACCUUCCAGUUUUGUCAGUACGGCGUCAACUCCGGUCAAUGACUCUAUUGCGGACCAGCACAACCGCCACUCUAUCGACUCGCAUACAAGCAAUGGCUCCCAGUCGCGCACCUCCAUUUCGACAUCCACCUCUCGUGGUUCCCUACCCUUAGUCUCUGCUCCCACCUCACAGCCUGGACGCUCCACCACCAGGAAACAUGUGCGUAGCUCUCGCCUCAUGAGGCCUUUACCCAGGGCGCCUUCAAAUCCUCUUCAUCAAAAGAACAACAUCUCUCGACAGCCAGCCAAAGAUUCAACCGUCGGGAGCCCGUCACCAUCCCGGGGCAUUCUUCUCUCGAACACUUCGCCUUCUGUCAAUUCUACUGGCCUCUCUCGCCAGCAUCGUCUACCCAAGCGACCAAACUCGCCGCAGAACGACGCCGUCACCAAAGCAAUCGAGUCUCUCAACACAAAUCUUCCGUCUCUCCAGGUCCGUAGGCGCAGACCUGUCAACGAUCUUCCCUACAUCCCGGUCUCUCACUGCUACCCGAAGCCGCUGAAAAUCAGCGAGAUGAAGUCUCCGAGUCCGGCAAGUACAACGCCUGCCGGCGAUCGCACCAGCUCGGGCGCCAGCACAGACACUGUCGUCCGUUCAGCUUCGACCCUCAUCACGGAUGUUAGUGCUGAAGUCGAUCGCGAGAUGGAGGGGGUGCUGUCGCCCCGAACCGCCGCCCUCGCCGCGCAAUCGAAAGCUGCCGAAAAGAAAGACGACAUCGGUACGCCCACGCGUCGUUUGCCCCGACCGCUGCGUUUGCCCAAGCCGGUCCCGUGGUCGCCGCCCAUCUAUCCGCCGCCCAAUAAACCGCUGCCUCCUGUUCCCCAGAAGAAGAAAGCCCAGUUGGAUGCUCCCCUUCGCAAGCCCGUUGAGCCUGACUACGUCUCUGGACCGUCUUCCUCUCGUGCUUCCGCCGCUUCUCGCACGUCAAUCAUCACUCCUGCUGUAGCCGUCACUCAAGCGCCGGCGCCUCCUGCCACUGUGUCCACGACCGACUUCUAUGACCCCUACCCGCCGCCAAGAGUCAUCUGGACCGACGGAGACGUCACCAUUUCCGACUUCUCGAUUCCGAAGCGCACUGUUCGCCCUGCAGCCUCUAUGACAACCAUGUCUCCGCGCCAGAAUGCUCUCACAAUACCAGGCAAGCACUGCCCCCCAGAGUCGACCGCGAGUCCCCAGAGAGGCGCGCCUGUCACCCCGUCCACACCCACGCCUUCCCCAUCCCGUCUAUUAGGCAAGGUAGCAUCCAUGAACGAGCUCAGGCAGCGGAGAUUGACGGACUCCAGUGAGGACAAUGGCAGCGACGAGGCGAUCGGCCUGAAAACCUUCCUCUUAGAGAACGCCGCACCCGCUCCCGCGUCGGCCAGGGAGAAAAUCGAUAAGGGCGGAGUCAACGGGAAGCCUACUACCGAGGGCAGCAGGAAGAAGUUCUUCGGAAAGCUUUUCCGCAGAGUCAGGAAGGACUCGGAGAAGUGA